UCGAUUGGCAGCAGUGUCGAACGAACGGGAGUCGUGCAGAGCGCAGAGCAUCGUGGAUCGACGGGACGGGGCACGCACGGCACGUCGACGAGAGGUAAACCGACACCCGAUUUACCGGACGAGGACGAGGGGAAGGAAACCACGAGCGACGCGUGUUCGUGCGGAUCUCGUGCGGUGUGUGUGCGCGAUAGAAGGCGGCCGGAGGACAAAAACAAGGGGUGAAAGAAAGAAGGGGAGCAACAAGGAGGUCACCGUAGGACUCUCGCGGCCCAAGACUGUGUCAAGGAGCACGAUCACUCGUCGUUCUACAAGUUCUUACAAAUGGAGCACAACCACAAGAAUCUGGACUGCUACUUCUUCUACUAUUCCACGUGCAAGAAGGGUGACUUUUGCCCGUAUAGACAUGAACCAUCUGCUCUGGGUUGUGAAACAAUGUGCACGUACUGGCAGCAGGGAAAUUGCCUUAAUGAACAUUGUAACUUCAGACACAUGGAAUUAAAGAAAAAUCGUAAAUCAAUUCCUUGUUAUUGGGAAACACAACCUGGAGGAUGUAGAAAGCCACAUUGUCCAUUUAUGCAUACAAGUCCACGCACUAUUUCUAGUGACCCUAUUAACCCUGUGAAGACCACAGAAGUAGCAACAAAAUCUCCGAAUCAAGAGUGGCUCAAUCGUCAAGAUGACCCAAAGUAUGACGGCAGCAGUACUACUGAGUCGGACCAAGGUAGAGGAAACAGCGAGGCUGGUAGUUUUAUCGGUAGUCCCGCCGUCGAUCCUCUCAUCGUCAAAUUCGAAGAAGAAUCCGAUAACGAAAGUGCACCGUCGCCGGUAAAAUCACAGCCCAAGGUACCGUAUUGCAAGACCUACGAGCAGAUGAGACUUGAGGAGAUCCAAGCAGAGAGCGCGGCUUAUUAUUCGUAUGAAGCCGACAACGACGAUGGACUUUAUCAGAGACAGAUUGGCCAGCCUAAGACGGCCGGGGCUAAUCGGUGGGUCAGUCCGUCACGGAUCAAGAAAGACGAACCGACGAAGGAACUGAGCUUCAAGGUGUUGAGCCUGGAGGAGAUUCGGCAACGAAAGCGGGAGAGAGAGCUGGCCGUUAAAACACCAACGGACACGACGUCCGUCCCGGAACUCACUCCGUCACCGGUCGGAACGAAGAGCGUGAAGAGGCGCUCGAUGGAGCAACAUUGCGACAAAGAGAGCGUCAGUCCGCCGAAGAAGUGCAAGGUCAGUUCCGAGAGUAGCGAACUCGUCGCCAAAGUGCGACCGGUGAAGCUGCGAAGGUCUCUGAAGAGGGAGACCGAGACGCAGCCGUGCGGAGACGCGGCUACGAGCGAGCGUGGGACGACGGGUGGUCAGGACGACCAGACGACCUCUUGUCGCGAGAGGCUGGAGAGCCACGGCGACGAGUCGGUUAACGCGAACAGGAGGGUCGACGUGGAGAUUAGGCUGUGCGACAGCAGCACGAACGAGGAGAGAACGCAGACGCAACCGGAACAAGCGAUCGAGGACAGAAAGUCGGUCGCCACGUAUACGACGGAGGAUAUUAUGAGCACCGCGAUAUUGGACAUUCAGCCGUAUACGCAGACCGACGAGGAAUACCUGAGGCUCGACACGUCGUCCGACGAUAUCAUGAAGGAUAUCGAGGACUUGCUCAAGUAGAAAAGCGUGAUUCGAGCGAUUUUAAGCGAAUCCACGCGAAUAAACGGAAAUAUCCAGCGAAUAUCCAGCGCGCAUUUCUUUUUUUCGGCAAGGUUUAAAAAGAACCUUACAUAAAAGUAUAAUUUGUAUACUUAAAGACUUGUACAAAUACACGUUUAAAAUACAGAUAGAUAUAAAGCUUACUCAUCGUGCAAGAGAUAGAAUGGUUAUGAUUUAAACACGAUUAUAUUCAAUCAAUUGUUGAUAUAUUGAA